CCGGGAGUGAGCUGAGCAGGGAGCUGAGCUGAGCAGGGAGCGAGCAGCGGGCACCGGGCGCGCAGCCAUGAGACCGGCUCUGAGCCCGGGGGCGGCGGCUCCCCCACUCCCCACCUCCCGCAGCGGCAGCAAACGACAGCAGCGGAUCCCCCAGCCCAGCAGCAGGAUGAGUAGUGAGGGUGGCAGUGGCAGUGGGCGUCCCCUGCGGGUGGGCUCGCGGGUGGAGGUGAUUGGCAAGGGUCACCGCGGCACGGUGGCUUACGUGGGUGCCACCAUGUUUGCCUCGGGCAAGUGGGUGGGCGUGAUCCUGGACGAUGCCAGGGGCAAGAACGACGGCACCGUGCAGGGCAAGCGCUACUUCACCUGUGAUGACAACCGCGGCAUCUUUGUCCGCCAGUCCCAGAUCCAGGUUGUGGAGGACAGCGGUGACACCACCUCCCCCGACACUCCCCAGGAACCCACUGCCUCAAAGGUGCCCAAACGAGAGAUGACGGAGACUCCGAAGAUGAGCAAGUUGCGUGGAGCCAAGCCAAAGAAGGCUCCGGCAGCAAGAAAGCAACCUGUCCGCCGCACAAAGCCUGGUCGCAAUGCCAGCUCCACGGUGGGCACGGCAUCCUCCGCCACACCAUCACCCUCCGCUGGAGAGAUGAGCAGCAGUGACACAGGCACGCCCGCACAAACACCGCUCACUACCCUCACCGUCAACACACCCGGCGGCAUGCCCACCCCACAUGGACCAUCCGCUCCACUCUCACCCAAGGAGGAGGAGGGUUUGCGGGCGCAGGUGAAGGACCUGGAGGAGAAGCUGGAGACGUUGAGGAUGAAGAGGAAUGAGGACCGGGCCAAGCUGAAGGAGCUGGAGAAAUGCCGCAUCCAACUGGAGCAGCUGCAUGAGUGGAAGCACAAGAUGCAGGAGCAGCAGGCAGACCUGCAGCGGCAGCUCAAGGAGGCUCGCAAGGAGGCGCGGGAGUCUCUGGAGGCACGGGACCACUACAUGGAGGAGAUGGCAGACACUGCGGAUGCCAUUGAGAUGGCCACACUGGACAAGGAGAUGGCGGAGGAGCGGGCAGAGUCUCUGCAACAGGAGGCUGACGUGCUGCGCGAGAGGCUCGACGAGAUCACCAUCGACCUGGAGAUACUCAAGCACGAGAUCGAGGAGAAGGGCACGGACGGAGCUGCCUCCAGCUACCAGCUCAAGCAGCUGGAGGAGCAGAACGCACGGCUGAAGGAGGCCCUGGUCAGGAUGCGUGACCUGUCUGCGUCUGAGAAGCAGGAACACAGCAAGCUGCAGAAGCUGAUGGAGCGCAAGGGCAGUGAGCUGGAGACACUGCGGCUUCACCGUGACCGGCUGCACGAUGACCUGCAGCGUGCCGAGCUCACCAUCGACGAGCUCAAGGAGCAGGUGGAUGCGGCGCUGGGAGCGGAGGACAUGGUGGAGACGCUGACGGACAGGAACCUAGACCUGGAGGAGAAGGUCCGCGAGCUGCGGGAAACCGUCAUCGACCUGGAGGCCAUCAAUGAGAUGAACGACGAGCUACAGGAAAACGCGCGUGAGACUGAGCUGGAGCUCCGCGAGCAGCUGGACCUGGGGGGCGUCCGUGUACGUGAGGCCGAGCAGCGGGUUGAGGCCGCUCACGAGAGCCUGGCCGACUUCCAGCAGACCAUCCACAAGUACCGGCAGCUCACCGCCCACCUACAGGAGGUGAACCGGGAGCUGCGCUGCCAGCAGGAGGCAACGGUGGAGCGAGCGCAGGAACCCGUGCCCGAGGUCAUCGACUUCAAGAUCAAGUUCGCUGAGACCAAGGCCCACGCAAAGGCGAUUGAGAUGGAGCUGCGUAAGAUGGAGGUACAGGAGGCCAAGCGACACGUGGAGCUGCUGACGUCCUUCAUGCCCGACUCCUUCCUGCAGCACGGAGGUGACCACGACAGUGUACUGGUGCUGCUGCUCAUCCCCCGCCUCGUCUGCAAGUGCCCACGCCGGCACAUCGACAUAGCCCAGCGGUUGUGCAGAGGAAGCAGACAACUCGACAACUUGGACACGAUCGGCUCAUGUCACCAACAACAAGCAAAGUUGCAGCACUUGAGUAUUAACCCCCUGUGGCCACAACCUGCCCGAGGGUCCAGUCCCGACCCCGGCUCCAGUAUUAACAUUGAGGGUCGUCCUUAUGCCCGCGGGUCGGGUCUGGACUCACCUGUGUCCGGGGCGCCGGGCAAGGGCGAGGGCGAGGGGGCAGCGGCGGCAGCAGCGGGUCGGGGUCCGGGCAGAGGCCGGCAGAGGACGAGCAGCAGCGGGACGACGAGGAUCGGCAGCUCCAUCGCGGCUCCGGGUCCGGGUCGAGCGGCGGCGGAGAACGAUGAGGCUGAUGCGAUGGUGAUGUCCAGUGUGGGACAACCACGGGGCUGGGAGCGGAGAGACUACGAUGUGGGCACAGGGUUCAGAGAUGUGGCUGGAGAUGUCACAGCAGAGAUUUACUGA